AAGGCCUAGCCUCGGAGUGUGCAAUUUUACGGUGUAUUUUUUGUUUUACGUGUGAAACAAUCGAAUCCCUUUCGUGAAGGAGGACGAAAUCGCGGCGCAAAGCAGAGACACAGACGCGGCGAACGCACAGAAUCGAAUGAAAAAGUACUUUCUCAGCAAGAUGUCCACCGGCAAGCGAUUAGCGAAGCGAUCCAUCGUGGGUACGCGCGUUUGCGCCCCCGGCAACGACGGCAUCUGGUACUCGGGCAAGAUUGAGUCGGUGAAAACGCCCCCCGAUCAGAAGGAACCGGCUCGCACUGGCGGGCCCGGUUUCCUGUCCGGGUUGACCACUCCGGCCCGGUACACGGUGCUGUUUGACAGCAUGAAGGAGGUGAACCGGUUGGGGUUGGCCCGCGAGUUCCGUGAGACGGAACUGAUUGGACGCGGAUUCCGCACGAUCGCGGACGUGAAGCUGAAACCCGGCCAGAAGGUGUUCCUCACGUACAAUGGGCGUGAGAACACGGGCGAGGUGAUCGUGCACGAUGAUCUGAAGGAUGAGGUGAAGGUUCGCAUCGCCGGCACAGCGAACGGAGCUGCUCCAGAGGCCACAAUCGAGCUGACCAAACGGCUAGAAGAAUUGCGUCUGCUGGAGUCACGCCGUUCGCAGCGACUCGCCGUCCAGGAGAAGGACACGGACUUUGCCCGGUUGGCGGAUAUGGCCGGGGAUCGGCGACGACAAUCAAACAGCAUCGAUGUGCCAUUCUCGCUGACGCAACAGAACGGAUCUCGCAAACGACGGCCCUCGUACUCACAGGACGACCGAGAGUACUACAGUAUUAACGACGACGAUCCGAUGGACGAGUGUAACGCCGCGUUGGUACUUAUGAGCCUGUCCUGUUCACCGAACUCGUCCGUACACGGUUAUGAAACGAUCCUGGGCACCAGCUCGGGCAGCAGCACCACAUCCUGGAGCACUGGAUCGACCUCGCCACCGUUGAGCGAGGAUGGACAUUCCACACCACCGACACACCACUACCAGCACGAGUUGCACCAAACCGGACGCCACCAGGUGUCGGGUGCUGCUGGUGGUGGUGGAGCGGGUCGCGGUGCCCGCACCACAUCCUUGUCAACUUCGGAUGAAGGCAUCGGCAUGGAAUAUCACGAGGACAUGCCACGAAAGCGCCGGGUCAGUCAGCGAAUUUUUAAGUGCACCUGGAAGGGCUGCGGCGUCAUCUACACUACAUGCUCCGAGAUUACGGCUCACGUUAGAAACGCACAUCUGGGCCCACGUAAACCGAACGAGUACAGCGACGAGGAGGACUUCUUCUUCACCGAAACCGAGGAUGAGAGCGACGAAAGCGCCCCAAAUCCACCCUCACCACCAACGCUGAGUCACCGCGACAUGGCACGUCCGCCGCACGAGGAUCCAGAGUAUCAACGCCAGAUCGUCGGCACCUACCGGCAGGGGUUGCUCUCGCAAUCGCAAGCCCUCCAGCAGCAACAAGCCGCCCACCAGCACCAGGCAGCCCAGCAGCAGCAGCAGCAACAACAGCAGCAGCAGCAGCAGCAACAACAACAGCAGCAGCAGCAGCAGCAGAUCGGCUCCAUUAAACCGCCUCUACCGGCCGGUCUAACCGUGGCGGCUUUAAGCACCUCCAACGGUGGCACGUCCUCGUCGGGUGCCGGAAGUGGCAGCAACAGUAGCAGCAGCAAUGGCGGCACGAGCAAUGGCGGCACCAGCAAUGGUGGAGCCGUCAACCCACACAGCAGCGUUUCGCCGUUGAUCCACCACAACUACACCUGGUCGCAGGUGAGUCCGACCUCCCCGCAGAAGCACGUGCGACUUUCACCACGCCCGUCAGCAUCCUACCCGUAUCCAUCGCCGAGCUACCAACAUCACUACCAGGCACAAGCGGCCCAACAACAGCAGCAACAGCAGCAACACCACCACCACCACGCCCAGCAACUCGGCCAUCUACAGCUGUCCCCGGGUGCGGGUGGUGCGAGUGGUGGAGCAGCCGCAUACCAUCAGCUGCUGGCCGGAGCGGCCAGCGCAUCCAGCGCCGCCAUCGCGCUCGGUUCAUACGCCUCCAGCCCAAGCUCGGGUGGUAGCGGUAGUGGCGGAACGGGUGGCCAACAUCGGUCCCCGGUGUCCCCGAACCGGCGGACAAGGGGCGAAAACAAGAAGUGCCGCAAGGUGUACGGCAUGGACCACAAGGAUCAGUGGUGCACUCAAUGCAAAUGGAAGAAAGCCUGCAGCCGAUUCGGCGACUGAUCGAAGGCGUCC